AUGGAAACAGAGAGUGAGAAUAGUACUUCUGGAGAUGACAGUGUCUUUUGGUUGGAUUCAGAAGUUAUCCAAGUGACUGAUAGUGAUAUGGAAGAGAGAGAAGUGAAUUUCAGAAAGAUGAAGUCAUCAGUACAUUCAGAAGAGGAUGAUUUUGUGCCAGAGCUCCAUAGGAAUGUUCAUCCCCGUGAGCGACCUGAUUGGGAAGAAGCUCUUAGUGCAAUGGCAAGAGGAGCAGACGUCCCAGAUAUCCCUGGAGAAUCUCUUAAGACAUGUGGCAGUACAGCAAGUAUGAAAGUUAAACAUGUGAAAAAAUCCACCAAUCCUGGACUUAUGGGCUGUGACAACAUUCACAGGUUGCCUUUUACUAAAGGCCACUUUCCUAAAAUGGCAGAAUGUGCACACUUCCACUAUGAGAAUGUGGAGUUUGGCAGCAUACAGCUUUCACUCUCAGAGGAGCAGAACGAAGUCAUGAAAAAUGGCUGUGAAUCCAAGGAGCUGGUCUACCUUGUACAGAUUGCUUGUCAGGGCAAAAGCUGGAUUGUAAAACGAAGUUACGAAGAUUUCCGAGUACUUGAUAAACAUCUCCAUCUAUGUAUUUAUGACAGACGCUUUUCUCAGCUCUCUGAACUCCCCCGUUCUGACACUUUGAAGGACAGUUCAGAGUUAGUCACUCAGAUGCUUGUGGCUUACCUAUCACGUCUCUCAGCCAUUGCAGGGAAUAAGAUCAAUUGUGGACCUGCUCUUACCUGGAUGGAGAUUGAUAACAAGGGAAAUCACUUGUUAGUUCAUGAAGAAUCAUCAAUUAACACACCUGCUGUAGGUGCUGCCCAUGUUAUCAAGAGAUAUACUGCUCGUGCUCCCGAUGAAUUGUCUUUAGAGGUGGGAGACAUUGUGUCAGUUAUUGACAUGCCACCAAAAGUAUUGAGCACAUGGUGGAGAGGAAAGCAUGGAUUUCAGGUGGGACUAUUUCCUGGUCACUGUGUUGAGCUAAUUAACCAAAAAGUCCCUCAGUCAGUGACAAAUUCAGUGCCCAAACCAGUAUCCAAAAAACACGGCAAGCUUAUCACCUUCUUACGAACAUUCAUGAAGUCUCGUCCAACAAAACAGAAACUGAAGCAGCGGGGAAUUUUGAAAGAAAGAGUAUUUGGCUGUGACUUGGGAGAACACCUUCUGAAUUCUGGUUUUGAAGUGCCCCAGGUUCUUCAGAGUUGUACAGCAUUCAUUGAGAGAUAUGGUAUUGUGGAUGGAAUAUAUCGUCUUUCUGGUGUUGCUUCCAAUAUCCAGAGAUUACGGCAUGAAUUUGACUCUGAACAUAUUCCCGACCUGACAAAAGAGCCUUAUGUUCAAGAUAUACAUUCAGUGGGCUCCCUUUGUAAACUGUAUUUUCGAGAACUCCCAAAUCCUCUGCUCACUUACCAGCUCUAUGAGAAAUUUUCUGAUGCAGUUUCUGCAGCGACAGAUGAAGAACGACUCAUAAAAAUCCACGAUGUCAUCCAACAACUUCCUCCACCACAUUACAGAACACUGGAAUUCUUGAUGAGACACUUGUCUCUUUUAGCUGACUAUUGUUCUAUCACAAAUAUGCAUGCGAAGAACCUAGCAAUUGUUUGGGCUCCAAAUCUUCUAAGAUCAAAACAGAUAGAAUCUGCCUGCUUUAGUGGAACAGCUGCCUUCAUGGAAGUGAGAAUUCAGUCUGUGGUGGUUGAAUUUAUUCUUAAUCAUGUGGAUGUUCUCUUCAGCUGCAAAAUCAGUGCAGUCAUUCAGGAUGGGGCAGCUUCUCUUUCAAGGCCCAAGUCCCUGUUAGUGUCCUCUCCAUCCACCAAACUACUGACAUUGGAAGAAGCCCAGGCACGAACACAAGCUCAGGUCAAUUCUCCAACUGUGCCUGACAACAAAUAUAUCGAGGUGGGAGACGGUCCUGCUGCACUUCAAGGAAAAUUCCACACUAUAAUUGAGUUCCCUCUUGAAAGGAAAAGACCCCCAAACAAAAUGAAGAAAUCUCCUGUGGGCAGUUGGCGUUCCUUUUUCAAUUUAGGAAAAUCAUCCUCUGUGUCUAAACGGAAACUUCAGCGUAAUGAGAGUGAGCCUUCAGAGAUGAAAGCAAUGGCUCUAAAAGGGAGCAGGGCAGAAGGAACCCUCCGCUCAGCUAAAAGUGAAGAGUCUCUUACUUCUCUUCAUGCAGUUGAUGGUGACUCUAAACUCUUUCGACCUAGGAGACCCCGAUCUAGCAGCGAUGCAUUGUCUGCCUCUUUUAAUGGAGAAAUGCUUGGAAACCGAUGCAAUUCAUAUGAUAACCUGCCCCAUGACAAUGAAAGUGAAGAAGAAGAAGGACUUUUACAUAUUCCAGCCCUCAUGUCCCCUCAUUUGGCAGAAGAUGUUGACUUAAGCCCACCAGACAUUGGAGUAGCCAGCUUGGAUUUUGAUCCCAUGUCAUUUCAGUGUAGUCCUCCCAAGGCUGAAUCAGAGUGCUUGGAAAGCACUGCCUCCCUCUUAGAUUCAGUAGGAUUUCCCAAGGACAAGACAAGCACCAGUAAAAAUGAAGCAGAGGCAGGGAGUCAGUCUCAAACUCCUGGCAGUACUAACAGCUCUGAACCUGUAUCUCCACUUCAGGAGAAAUUAAGUCCAUUCUUUACGCUGGACCUGAGCCCAACUGAAGACAAAGUAUCCAAGCCAUCUUCAUUCACAGAGAAGGUUGUUUAUGCUUUUUCUCCAAAAAUAGGACGGAAAUUAAGCAAAUCACCCUCUAUCAACAUAUCAGAGCCAAUCUCUGUGACUGUUCCCAGUCGAGUGUCAGAAGUCAUUGGCACAGUUCCAAACUCAACAUCACAAAAUGCAUCUUCCCCAACCUGGAGCAAGGGCUUUGGAGAAAGUGACAUUGUCAAUAAGUCCCCUACUCAGGUAGUAAUAAUAAGGACAAAUGAGAGAGAUUCCCGAGAAGUGUGCCAGUCUGAAGUCCAGUCUCUAGACCAGGUGGCUGCUGAGGCAGUAGGAUUGCCAGGGAAAGUGGAACAGUCCAUCUCCAGCAGUCAGAGUAAGGCUGUACCUUCUGGACAGGCUCAGACAGGAGCAGUUGCCCAUGACUCCCCUCAGGAUCUUGUUCCUGUCAGUUCAGUCUCUCUUAUACCACCACCACCACCUCCAAAAAAUGCAGCACGUAUGUUGGCCUUAGCAUUGGCUGAGUCUGCGCAGCAAGCUUCAACUCAGUCAUUGAAGAGACCAGGGAAUUCUCAUGUUGGUUGUCCAAAUUAUGGAGACACUACAUUGGUGACACCUGAAGAUAAACAGCCCAGUUCUUAUAUUAGUUUUCCUUUAGAGAAACCAUGUUUCCAUUCUAGUAUGCCAUCAGAACAGCUUCACCUCCAAAAUGCAUCAUCUGGAAAUUAUGACCAGCCUAAGCUGGGAGUUAUGGUAGCUGAGGAUCACUCCAACUCGAUUCCAGUUGAACCUGUGGAGCAGCCAUAUCACUCGAUAGGUUCACCAGUGAAUCAGGCCCAUAUGACCCAUUUUCCUGGGGAGUCAGAAAAGGCCGAGAUUGCCAUGGCAACAUUAGUGGACUCGGACAAGAUUGACAGUCAUGUUGUUUUGCAUGAAAAUACAGGAAAGACCAACAUCCGAACUGUUUCUUUUGGGAACCAAGAUGAACCCCAUAUCCACUUCUCCAGUGGAGAGCAGCUUCUUUCAUCUUUGGAUACAUCUGUAGAUAAAUCACAACUUUCUUCAGAAGGUGAAGAAAAGGUAACCUCUCCUUACAGUUUGCCUGUCGACAAAAUCCACCCUUCUCCUGGGUCCCCUGUAGACAAAGCUGCUGCAGCUCCAACAGUUUACAUGACACCUACUCCAGCACCAAGUGAAAUAAGCACCAGGGAAACUAGCUGGGAUAUGGUUGGCCAACUUCCAUCUUCUGCUGACCUUGUCUCCACCCUGCAGCGCACCCAUAGAGCUAACCGCCCUCCUCUGUCCCAUCCUUCUCAGAGACCAGCAGAGCAGCAGCUAGUGGUGGCACAGGUACCAGCAGCAACCAGUGCAGGACUAAAUAAUUCUCACAAGGUUCGUGGAUUAGCUUCAGUUCCUGAGAAGCCACCUGAACCCAGAGUAGCAGAAUCUUCUUCAGUCUUUUCCUGUGAUGGUAGUACUACUACUCUCUGUGCCACCUAUGCUUCCACUAUCCCUCCAGGCCUUCCUGAAAAGGUCUGGGAGGGGGCCAGGGCCCCCCCGCUCCACCUGCGUUCUGAAUCUGUUCCCACACACACCUCCCAAGGCUUCACGCUGCCAGUCCCACCUACCAGGACAAUGGACAGUAAGAUUGCUACCGCCAUACACUCGGGUAAUGCUGACGGAGUCACGACGUCCAGUUAUCAUUCCUUUAUUACUGCUUCAUCGGCCUCCAUGGAUGAUCCUUUGCCUCCACUGCCCCCUGUCCCUCAGCCUAAACAUGCCUCUCAGAAAGCACCUUUCCCAUCUUAUGUGAGGCCUGAUAUCGUGACUGACUCUGUAGGCACAGAAAACUGUUUGCAUCUUGGCUUGGCUUCCACCUGUCAAUUCCGUCCACAGAGUGUCCCCCCACAUCACCAUAAGCCUGAGCAGCACCAAGUCUUUGGCUCCAGAUCAGAGACACCAAGUUGCAUGGGUCCCCGCUAUAAUACAUAUGUGCCCCCUGGAAAAAAUUCCUCUGGGUACCACUCAAAGCCAUGCAGCCGGGUGGAGUAUGUGUCCUCUGUGAGCCCAUCCCUUCGGAGCGCUUGUUAUCCUGAAGACAUUCCUCCGUACCCCACUAUCCGCAGAGUGCAGUCCCUGCAUGCCCCUCCAACCUCCAUGAUCCGUUCUGUCCCCAUUUCUCGGACGGAAGUGCCCCCCGACGACGAGCCAUCCUACUGCCCGCGGCCCCUCUACCAGUAUAAGCCAUAUCAGUCAUCCCAGGCCCGCUCCGAUUACCACGUGACUCAGCUGCAGCCUUACUUUGAGAAUGGCCGAGUUCACUACCGGUAUAGUCCUUACUCCAGUUCUUCUGGCCCCUAUUAUGCUUCUGAUGGGGCCUUCUAUGACAUGGACGCUUAUGGCACAGUCCAGCUGAGGCCGCUGCAUCGUGUGCCCAACCGUGACUUCAAUGUCUACAAUCCCAGGCUGCAGGGAAAGACCUUCUACCGUUACCCUGGGGCGCCGCCUCGCCCCCCGGGCAACAUCGUGGGCUACCUUUCUGGGAAUGAGCACAAUCUUAUCAAUGUGACUUCUGUGGCGGAUGGCAAACAUGUAUACGCUUCCUGGGACCUGGAAGACAUGGAAAAAUACCGUAUACAGUCCAUCCGACGGGAAAGCCGGGCCCGGCAGAAGGUCAAAGGGCCAGUGAUGUCCCAGUAUGACAACAUGACUCCUGCUGUGCAGGAUGACAUGGGGGGCAUUUAUGUCAUUCAUCUACGGAGCAAAUCAGAUCCUGGGAAAACUGGACUUCUUUCAGUGGCAGAAGGGAAAGAAGGGAGAUAUCCCACAAAGGCAGUGACCCCAGAGGGAGAUGACCGCUUCUAUAAAAAGCAUCCUGAGCCAGAGUUAGACAGAGCCCAUUACCACGGAGGCUAUGGCAAUGGGCAGUCAGAGAAGCCGUCUCUUCCUCUGAAGCAAAGCAGCCUCAGGAACAGAAAAAUUCAUGAUGUGAGCACCAAUCCCUCUGAGCACAGGGCACACCAGGAAGCAAGCCAUAGGCAGUUAUGUGAAUCGAAAAAUGGGUCCCCCUAUCCCCCUGGACCUGGCCAGUUAGAUUAUGGGACUAAAGGCAUCCCAGACACUUCUGAACCAGUUAGCUACCAUCCUGUAGGAGGGAAAUACAGUACGCUAGGCCAGGAGACUUUGAGAUUGAACCACAAAGAAGUGAGGCCCUCUGAAGAGCUGGAGCGGACACGGAUCCGGCAGCCCCCUGGCCCAGAGAAACUCUCAAGAGACUGUUAUAAGGAAGAUGAGCGUCCUGCACCAUCCAUUCCCCCACCCAAGCCAGAGCGGAGUCACAGCCUGAAAUUGCAUCAUACACAGAGCAUGGAGAGGGACCCCAAUCUGCUGUACCAGUACCAAACGCAUGGCAAACGCCAAAGCAAUAUGACUGUAUUAUCUCAGUAUGAGAAUUUGGAUGAUUAUCACUCUAUGCCUCAGCACCAGCGGGGAGGGCUUGGAGGAGGAGGAGGAGGAGGAGGAGGAAUGGGUACAUUCAUACCUCCUGGCUUUCCCCAUCCACAAAAUAGGACAUAUGCCACAGCUCUGGGUCAAGGGGCUUUUCUUUCCACAGAGUUGUCCUUGCAGAAUCCUGAAACACAGAUCCAUGCAGAAUGAGCCCUGGGAACAAUAGAGUUAAAGCAGCCUCUGCUGGACAGUGGACUGUUUUAUUUUUUCAAUGACCAAAAAGAUUAAAAAAAUACACACAAAAAUAAAAAAAAAGCAACCAAAAUAUCCCAAUAAGAAAAGGAAACAAACUAUCAUCUUUUUUCCUCCCCAUCACCACAUCACCCAUCCGCAGACUCUGUUGUGUGUGUCAU